CGCAUGUCACAUUACGUACCACCUUCCCCCUCCCCCUCCCAGCAACCGGCUAAGCGGCGGCUGUGACUGAGGCGGUGCCUGUGACUGAAGGCGGAGAAGGACGAGCACCCACCGGGACGGGGGAACGGAGACCGAGCGCACGUAAUCCGAAGCGGCAGGGCUCGUCUGUGGCUGUGGCUGCUCGGUAAAUUAUCUACAUCAUGAAUUGGAACAAAGGUGGCCCUGGCACCAAAAGGGGAUUUGGGUUUGGUGGAUUUGCCAUUGCUGCUGGAAAAAAGGAAGAACCGAAGCUCCCGCAACAGUCCCAUAGUGCCUUUGGGGCAACCAGCUCUUCAGCAGGGUUUGGAAAGUCAGCUCCACCACAGCUCCCUUCUUUCUAUAAAAUUGGAUCCAAGCGAGCAAAUUUUGAUGAAGAAAAUGCUUAUUUUGAAGAUGAAGAAGAAGACUCUAGCAAUGUCGAUUUGCCUUACAUUCCUGCUGAAAAUUCACCUACCCGCCAGCAAUUCCAUUCCAAGUCAGCAGACUCUGACAGUGAUGAUGAUCCCCUGGAAGCAUUCAUGGCUGAAGUAGAGGAUCAAGCUGCUCGAGACAUGAAGAGACUUGAAGAAAAAGACAAGGAAAGAAAAAAUGUGAAGGGUAUUCGAGAUGACAUUGAAGAGGAAGAUGACCAAGAAGCUUAUUUUCGAUACAUGGCAGAAAACCCUACUGCUGGUAUGGUUCAGGAAGAGGAAGAAGAUAACCUGGAGUAUGACAGUGAUGGAAAUCCCAUUGCACCCUCCAAAAAAGUCAUUGAUCCCCUUCCUCCCAUUGACCAUUCAGAGAUUGACUAUCCACCAUUUGAAAAAAAUUUCUACAAUGAGCAUGAAGAGAUAACCAGCCUUACCCCACAGCAAGUAAUAGAUCUCCGACAUAAACUCAAUCUUCGGGUCUCUGGUGCUGCUCCACCCAGACCAGGAAGUAGUUUUGCUCACUUUGGAUUUGAUGAGCAACUUAUGCAUCAGAUUCGGAAAUCUGAGUACACACAGCCUACUCCAAUCCAGUGUCAGGGUGUUCCAGUGGCUCUUAGUGGGAGAGACAUGAUUGGUAUUGCCAAAACAGGCAGUGGAAAAACUGCAGCUUUUAUUUGGCCCAUGCUGAUUCAUAUCAUGGAUCAGAAGGAAUUGGAUCCAGGAGAUGGACCAAUUGCAGUGAUUGUGUGCCCCACCAGGGAGCUUUGUCAGCAGAUCCAUGCAGAAUGCAAGCGGUUUGGCAAAGCCUACAAUCUUCGAUCUGUGGCUGUCUAUGGAGGAGGAAGCAUGUGGGAGCAGGCCAAAGCCCUUCAAGAAGGGGCUGAGAUUGUUGUUUGUACCCCAGGUCGGCUGAUUGAUCACGUGAAGAAGAAAGCUACAAAUCUCCAGAGAGUCUCUUACCUUGUAUUUGAUGAAGCAGAUCGAAUGUUUGACAUGGGUUUUGAAUAUCAGGUGCGAUCCAUAGCCAGUCAUGUCCGUCCUGAUAGACAGACUCUUUUAUUUAGUGCAACUUUCCGGAAAAAAAUUGAAAAACUGGCCCGAGACAUCCUCAUUGACCCAAUCCGAGUGGUACAGGGAGACAUUGGAGAGGCAAAUGAAGAUGUGACCCAAAUUGUAGAAAUCCUUCAUUCUGGACCCAGUAAAUGGAAUUGGCUCACUCGGCGUCUGGUAGAAUUCACCUCUUCAGGAAGUGUCCUCUUGUUUGUAACUAAGAAAGCUAAUGCUGAUGAACUAGCUAACAAUCUCAGGCAGGAAGGACACAACCUGGGACUGCUCCAUGGUGACAUGGAUCAAAGUGAAAGAAACAAGGUCAUUUCUGAUUUUAAGAAAAAGGGCAUCCCGGUUCUUGUGGCUACAGAUGUUGCAGCCCGUGGUUUGGACAUUCCUUCGAUUAAGACUGUCAUCAACUAUGAUGUGGCUCGGGACAUUGACACCCAUACACACAGAAUUGGUCGGACAGGACGAGCUGGCGAGAAGGGUGUGGCAUAUACACUUUUGACUCCUAAGGACAGCAAUUUUGCUGGUGACCUUGUCAGGAACAUGGAAGGGGCCAAUCAACAUGUUACCAAGGAACUUCUGGACCUAGCAAUGCAGAAUGCCUGGUUUCGGAAAUCUCGAUUCAAAGGAGGAAAAGGGAAAAAGCUGAACAUUGGUGGUGGAGGCCUAGGCUACAGAGAACGACCUGGGCUAGGCUCCGAGAACACAGAUCGUGGAAACAACAGCAACGUGAUGAGUAACUAUGAGGCCUACAAGCCCUCCACAGGGGCCAUGGGAGACCGCCUGACUGCAAUGAAAGCAGCUUUUCAGUCGCAGUACAAGAGCCAUUUUGUUGCUGCCAGUUUAAGCAACCAGAAGGCUGGGAGCUCUGCUGCUGGGGCAAGCGGGUGGACAAGUGCAGGGAGCUUGAAUUCCGUCCCAAGUAAUUCUGCCCAGCAGGGCCAUGCCAAUUCUGACAGCCCCAUUGCCACAGCCACCAAGAGCAUCCCAGGCUUUGCCAGUGCUGGGAAUCUCAGCAGUGUUCCAGGAGGGUACUCGCCUACUGGAACUCAGGCUCUCAACAACACAGCCUCAGGGAGCAACAACCGAGAAGGAAUUGGUGGUGGCAGUGGUAAUGGAAAUAGAGAGCGAUACCCAGAGAACAGAGGUAGCAGUCGCCAUAGCCAUGGAGACAGUGGUAAUCGCCAUGGUGAUGGUCCACGUCACGGAGAUGGUCGGCAUGGCGAUGGAUACCGCCAUCCAGAAAGCAGUGGCCGGCAUGGAGAUGGUCACCGGCAUGGAGAGAACAGACACGGGAGUGGUGGUCGACAUGGGGAAAGCCGGGUUGGGAGUGAUGGUCGGAAUGGAGAGAGCAGGAAAGAGGCUUGUGGCCGUGAAAGCAAGACAGAUGGCAGGAUGGACACCAGGACGGACAGCAAGACAGACUUGAAGACAGACAAGACAGCAGAUGGCUUUGCUGUGCCUGAACCACCCAAACGCAAGAAGAGUCGAUGGGACAGUUAGAAGGUGUAUACAGAAGCAUGGAAUGGAAUGGGUGGAGUGUAUUAUUUUUUAAAAGGAUUUCUUCAUAAAUGGCUGUGUCCUUGGGGAUAAGUUGGGGCCCAUAAAUCUGAGAUGCAAAGAUCCUCUGCUCCUAAAGGACAUCAGUAGCCAGGGCCUAGAAAAUAAGACUCCUUCUUUAGAAUCAUUUUUCUUAAGCUUCCUUUGAAGCUGCUUUGGUCCUCAUUGUGUGUUGAACCCUCAUGUUUAAGCAGGGCACUAGCCAUGGGGAGUGCUAGAGCUCUUAGCUAGGGUGAAGCUUCUGGUAUGUUUUGAGAGACUUAAGAGCAGUCAGGCAGCCAUGACUGUUCCUGAAAUCCAAUUUAGGUGAUGAGGGGCCAGUUGAGGUUGUCCUGAAUGGAGUACAGAUGUGUACUCUGUACUUUUGUUCCCCCAACCCUCUCCCCCACCCCCACCCUCCCUUCAACUCCCAACAGAUUUUCUCCAUUUUCCAGUGGCCAGGUAAGAGUUAGUGUGAAUUGGGCAGGUUCUCUGCAUUGUUUAAGUUUUGGAUUCCACAAAUGGCACCACACCCGCACAACUGUAAGUUUCUGAUGUGGUUGUAGGUGCACCAUGUCAUUGGGAAGCAGUACUUUGGCUGUUCGGCUGGAAAUUUUCAGAUAUAUGGGAGAGAGCAGGAAGCUGUCCUGAACAAGCCGAGUCCAGAACUACAGUGAUUAGGAAGUAUUCUGGAAAUUGUUCCUAGGCCUAAGCUGUUUCUUAAUUAAAAAUAAACCUCAGCAGUUUUAAAAAACCUAAUUUCAUUGUAUAUUACCUUUUUUUUUUAAACUUUUGCCACAAUAAUCUUUUUUUGCUAAAAAGAUUUGUUUUCAUCCUGUUUAUAAAAAGUAUCCAGAACUACCAGAUUUUGUGACACUUGUGAAGGUUUCUUUCAGAUGUGCAUUACUUUUUGCUUGCUCUAGUAAAUGUUUUAUUACUGGGA